CAAAGCGUGACACUGUGAAGCCCAUAGUCCAUCAAUCCAGAGAUCCUUGGUUCUUGUGUUGUGUUGUGUUUUGUUUUGUUGUUAUUGUUGUUUCUUGCCUGAGACGUGGAGAUAUCUUGAUUGUGGUUGCUGCAAUAGCUAAUAUUUGUGGUCACAAGUCGAAAAGAGUUGAAAGUUGAAAAAGAAAGCAUCAAGGGUACGCGGAAGCAACAUCCAACAUCAUGGAUUCAUCCAAAGAAACGAAAGAAAUGGAACAGAAAAAUGAGGCAAGUGGAAAGGAAUCCACUACCGAUGAUGACAACGUCAAGACAAAAACGGAAGAGGAAGAUGAUGACGACAGCUACGAAAUUGUGGAGAAGGAAUCAUCCACUAGUUUGGUCGACCAAAAGCAGCCAGAAGAAGCAGACUCCCACAAUAAUGACAAUGAUCCUCAGCAUCACGAAGGACUCUGGAUUGGCAUUGACCUGGGAACUUCCAAUUGCGCAUCGGCAGUUUGGGAUUCUACUCGAGGACGCCCCAAAUGGAUGCGAUUGCCCGACUUGGCCGUACCACAGUCAUCCAAACCAGGACGCAUUGUGCCAUCGGCGGUUCAACUAUUGUCAUCCGACAACACGGAUGGUUGGACCCCGGCAUUGUUGCAGGAUAUCCAAAAGUGGAAUGACAAGGAAAUCACGGCGACAAUCAAGGCGACUGUGGGACACCAAGUCUUGUCACAGUUGGACUGCUCGACGACAACAUCCUCAGUCGUCAUUACCAGCAUGAAACGAGUACUGGGAGUCUGCGACACGACCAACUUGGACGACUUGGAUCCAGAGUUUCGAGCAUCGUUGCCGUUUACCAUUGAAGAGAAUGAACAAGGACAGUGGGUCAUUCCCUACAAUCUAGUACCAGCAGACGACGAUACCAAUAGUAGUACUAUUAUUUAUCUGCGUCCGACACACGUGGCGGCCAUGAUCCUACAAGCCAUUCGACAAUCAGCUGGGGCAUAUCUACCACGGGCCAUUCAGAAAAAGAACAUGCAACUCCCUGGAAUGAACAACAACAAAGACAACAACAACAAUACGGAUAUCAAUAAUGUCGUGAUUGGAGUUCCGGCGUAUUUCGGACACACCCAACGACAGGCGGUGGAAGAAGCUGCCCGUUUGGCUGGGUUUACGGGCCAUGUGUCGACCUUGACCGAAUCCACGGCUGCUGCCAUGGCCUAUGGACUCUUUGUGGGACAACCUGCUCAAGACGAAAACGAAAACGAACAAUCCAAGAAUGCCAUUCUUGUAUUGGACAUGGGAGGGGGGACAACCGAUAUUACUAUUGCACAAUUGCGCAACAACAACAACAAUGAUACGGCAUCCUCGGAUAGACCCGAUCAAAAGUUUCAGGUCAUUCUCACCGAUGGAGACAGUCGAUUGGGAGGAGAGGAUAUGGACCAAGCGUUGCUGGAUCUGGUACUCCAAAAGGCAUCCUCCUCUAAUCUAGUAGUAGAAGCAAAAACACCAGAUCUCUCGUCAUCACAGAGACAAUUGCUGAUUCGAUCUUGUCAGCAAGCCAAAGAGGAACUUUGUGGCGAUGUCGAUCACGGAGAUCCACCAGCCGAGACGGCAAUGGUCCAUCUACCAAACGAUGCCUUUCCCACGACGAUGAAGAACGUCCAAGUGACCACGGAGGAUCUCGAAACGGCCAUUCAGCCACUGCUGGAACGAACGGCUCAAUUGGUCGAACGGGCUUUGAAGCGAUAUGCCGACAAGAAUAGCAAGAGCAGUAGUCAACAAUUGAUUCGAGAAGUCAUUUUGAUUGGUGGUGCAACUCGCGUCCCAGCAUUGCGAAAGCUGCUCCACGAUCGAUUCUUUUCCAACUUGGAGUUGUGCACAUCGGUCAAUGCCAUGAGUGCCGUCGCACAGGGAACCGCCAUUCAAGCCGCCAUUCUUUCCAAUCGUGUUCCGCUCCAUGAAUUGAGAUCGGCCAUGAUGUUGGACACCAUGCCGCAUGCCAUUGGAGUCUUGCUGCCCGACGAGAGGUUUGUCGAGAUUCUACCGCGGGACUCGCAACUUCCGGCCAACGGAUACACCACCUUUUGCGUGGCCGACCUGGAUCAAAAGGGAGUGACGGUCAAAGCCGUGGAAGUGAUUGAUGAUGAUCAAGCAUCAUCGGAUGAUGAUGGGCAAACACCAAAAUACCAGCCGCUGGGAGACUUUACGUUUCUGCUUCAUCGAUUAUCCGAUGCGCAACGAUUGGCAAUACAAAACGACCCGGACCGUCCAGGGCUGCGGCCCGUGGAUAUUGGCAUGACUUUGGGGACUGAUGGCGCGCUUCAAGUCAGCGUUUUUGACUCGAAUGAUCCCGAUCAUCUUCGCAAGAAGGAGUUUUAUGAAAAAGCAAAGCGCGAAGGAGCCCCGGAAGUAGGAUUUCUGGACUACGUGCAGGCGGCUGCAGAUCUUCAGAGUGAUGGCAUCACAACCGAGGAGAGGAAGCUGCUUGUGGCGGUAUCGAUGCUCUUUGUCUUUUAUGUGAUUGUCAAGGUGUUGCUUCCCGCAGAUGUCAUGUCAACAUCAGACGAAGGUCUAGUGCGAAUAGUCUAAGGAACCAAGAAGAAGAAGCUAGCAAGCUUAUUUAUAAUCUAUAUCAUUACAAGGGUC